AUGUACGAAAGAUAUUGGAAAGCCAAUGGCUACAAAAACUUAGACAUCGUAUCGAAAGAAACUGGUCAAGUGAUUGGCAAGAAGAGGCCUCUCAGUUUCUACGUUAAAGGCGAGAAGAAACCAAAAGCAAGUGGUUUACUAUCUCCACGGCGGUGGCUCCUUGCAAAACCAAGUUCUCUUGGGCUCGGAAGACCAUGGCUCGUAAUCCUUCCACCGUCAAGAGCGGGAGGUGGACGCUGCUCUGUGAAACCAGCCUCACGCAGUCUCCUCCGCUCUAGGAGACAAGCGACCCGAGCCUUCGCUCAAGCCACAUGCCUCAACUCCCAACUUGGAAUGGGCGAGCCAGAAUAUAGUCCAACCCGAACCCGGCCCAAUGAGAUCAACCCAACGUUCCAUCACUUUGAUGUCUCCACUUGGAUCACAAGCCCACGUUACUAA